AUGACGGGGACGGAGGAUGUAGAUGCUGGCACCGCCACCGACGCUCCAGCGAACGGCACCGGCUCGGAAGCGGAGGCUGCCCGGGCCUGCCUCGAGGUCGCGCGGAGGUUGACGGAGGCCGCCGUGGCCGGCGAAGCAGGCUCCGACUCCGACGUUGCGGCAGACGGCGCCGCGCCGCCGACGGAGGAGGCCGUGGCCGGCAGGGAGGUCGCCCGGCGGCUGUCGCACGAGCUGAUCCAGAAUGCCUUGGACGACGACGGGGGCCAAGGGAGCGCGGCGUCCGCGUCGGGGUUGGCGUCGGAGGGCACCGGCGUGAGCGCGGGGCCACGGCCAGGCGCCAGCACCCUCGUGGAGUCCGUGGAGCCUGCGGACGGCGGAGCCACCGAGGCCUGCCACGGCCUGGCGCAGUCGCUCGUGGACCGGGCCCAGGGCCACUGGCUCGACGAAGGACCCCGAGCAUCCGCAUCAAUGGCGGCGUCGAAGGUCACCGGCGUGAGCGCAGAACCUGGAGGCUCUCAUCCCAGCACCAUCUUGGAGUCCAUAGAGCCUGCGGACGGCGGGGCCACCGAUGUUUGCCACGACAUGGCGGAGUGGAUCGCGGACCAGGCUUGCGACGGCUGCCUCAGCGAAGGAGAGACCACCCCCAUCCACGUGUCCCGGCCCGCCUCCGCGACGGACCCGUCCAGGGGCACCAGCGGCCGCGCCAUCGCGGACACGAUCGAAGACUUCGCCAGCGCCGCCCUGGACGCAGAGGCAGUGCCAGAGGCCAGCCCACCGGCCACGCGGGCGCCGGGCUGGGCGGCCGAGCCAGCGGAGGUGCCGCCCGAGCAGCUGCCUGAGGCCGCGGAGCCGAGCGAGGCGGCCGCGCCCGCCGAGGUGCCGCCCGAGGAGCUGUCCGAGGCGCCGCCCGCCCCGCCGGAGCCUCCUGCCUGCGGCCCCUCCGUGGAGCCGAUCGAGGAGGAUCUGGCCAAGGCCACGGCGCCGCCCGCCGCGGAGCUGGUUGCCGCGGCAGAGCAGCCGCCCGAGCAGAUUCCCAAGGAGCGGCCCUGGAGCCGCGGGGCGGCCAGCGGGGUCUCCGGGGCGGCCAGCGUGGUCACCGCGGCGAGCCUAGAGGAGCGCAUGGUGGGCCUGCUGGCCCCGGACCUGCACGACGCCAGGCUGGGCCUCAGCCGCCCCGCCGCCUGCGCACCGCCGCGCGACGCCACAG